AUGGCCGUACCCCGGAGUCGAAUUCUGGAUCUUGUGAAGACCCAAUGUCGAAUCUUCGCAACAACAUUCAACCCACAACGGUUACGACUCGGAAACAAGAUCUUGCGACAACGAUUGAGAGGUCCCGCUCUUGCGGCAUAUUACCCCCGUAAAACUGUGUCCUUCCGCGAUCUACAAGAUACAUACAAGCCUCUGGGUUUGGAGACGUUUGACGAGGGACAAGACGACCGGGAAGAAGCUAUUCAGAUCGCGAAAUUACGUGGCAAAGGACGACCAAAGAAGAAGAGAACUGCAGCAGAAUCACGAUCAGCCAAGAAGAAGAAAUAG